AAUGACUUGGCGUAAUGGCUGAAGGAGGUGACGUUACACCAAUCAAAGACGGAUCAGAUGCUGACUUUGAUAUUGUCUGUACACCUUGUGGAGAAGGCAACAUCAGCGAAGAAGCUGUCAAAUAUUGCCCUGACUGCCAGGAGUAUCUGUGUACAACGUGUACGAUACAUCAUGGUCGACAAAAGGCUACACGUUCUCAUAAGCUACUAGACAGAGAUACUGCCAAACAAGGGUCGGUGCCUGCCGUGACAACAAAAUGCCGUUACCAUCCAGACCGUGAUAUCGAGAUGUACUGUGAAGGGCAUGACAUGGUUUAUUGUCUGAAGUGUAUAGCAACUGAUCAUAGAGCCUGUAGUGGAGUGACUGGUAUAGAAGAAAUAAAGACAUCGUCUAUUCAACAAAUGGAGGUAGACCGUUUACAGAAUGACACAAGAAACAUACAAGAGCGUUUAGCAGACACUGAUAAGAAGAAACAGAAAAACAUCGAUUGUCUUGAAGAACAAAGAGAUGAAAUAUUUACCAAAAUCGAGGACGUUGAGAGGGGCUUGAUAGAACAUAUCCGAAAAUUAAAACGUGAAGCGGUCAGUACUUUAAACAAGGAUUAUACUUUGGUUAAAGAAAAACUGAAGUCUGGCAUCACCCUAAUCGCAAAUAUGAAAAAGGAAAUAGAGAAUGCAAGUAGCCAGUCCCAAACAUUUACCAGUAUGGAUGUGGGACAGCAGUUUGUUCAGAUGAAACUGAUACAACAGACUGUAAAUGAUGCAGUAAAAUUGGUUGAAGAUAGCGAGGCAAAAGGUAGCAAAGUUUUAUGUUUUACAGAAAAUGCAGAUUUAAAGACUUCAAUUAUGACAGCAACAUCUUUAGGACAUGUGAAUACAGUUACAGAAAAUGACCGCCAAACUGCCCAAAGAGUAUAUAAGGUGAAAUCAAAGAAGGAGAUCAAUAUCAAGGUGCCAAACGACCGUGCCACGUGUCAGAUAGUUGAUUUAUGUCAGCUACAGGACGGUACGAUCAUACUGGCUGACUGCAAUAAUUGGAAGAUUAAGAGGCUUGAUAUGAAUUACAACAUCAAGGAUCACUAUGACCUAGGUCACUUGCUCAGGGGUAUCUGUUGUACUGGUCAGAAUGAAGUAGCUGUGAAAAUGUAUAGCAACAAGUUCAGUUUAUAUCAGUCGGCAGUUCAUUCUCUAAGCUGAGAGAGAUAUCUGUAGCUGGAAAUUAUUGGGGAAUGACUUACUGUACUGGACAGCUGUGGAUAUCUACCGGAAGUGGUGUCAAUGUUUACAGUACAUCCGGUACUCUACUGAAAACUAUUGGCAAAGGUAUCAAUGGUCAGAAUAUAUUUAAAUCAUAUACUUGUAGUAUG